CAGAUCUUAGUGCCCCAAAGACUGGGCUUUGAUCUGAUGGCUCGAAGGAGAGUACCGAAGAUAUUCUCGUUCCUUUUCUUCACCGUGGUGGAUGCCACGCUGACAGCCAACUCAGAUACAGGUGCAUCCACCUUUUGCUUCAGCGUGGUUCGGCCAGGUGAUGAGGCAAAGCUCUUGGCACAGCAAUUCUUCGAAGGCAUCGGCAUCUUUGGCUGUGACGAGUAUAUGAUCUUCAGCAGUAUCCCAGCGGAGGAAUUCUUUCAGCCUGCUCAGUGGGGUAUUAAAAAGUGGCCACAGGUUGGUCCAAUCGUGCACGUGGUGCCCGAAUGGGAUCAGUCGUCAUGGGAGCCUGAUGUGCGCACCAUGAAUAAGGUCUGGGAGCAAGUUAUAGCGGUUGGCCUGUAUCAGCAGUACGAUUGGACGUUGAAGAUGGACGCAGAGGUUGCAUUUCUAUCUCCUCGACUCAAAGAUGUAUUGACUCCGCAUUGCUCUACUCUUGGUUGCGAAGCAAUCUUUCUGGCAACUGGCAACGGGAAGAUGUUCCGUCAGGUUCAUGCCCUGACCCAAGCUGCCGUGACACAGAUGGGGCAAAAUACGCAUUCCUGCAAAGAACAGGUGGCUGAUACGUCCCAGGAAAGCUACCUUCUAGACUGCUUGACCUUGAGCGGUGCCAGAGCAAUAAAGGAGCCCAAACUCCUUGCGGAUUUCACGCACGCAACCGUCGCUGUCGUUUGCAAUACCAGUACUGGCAGCUUUUAUCGCUUCCCAUCGUGGGGCCAGUACAUGUCCUGCAUGGGUCAGGCCGGCUAUUCAGUGAUUCCGAAGUCUCCAUCCAAUCCAGCCAAGGUGUCAUGGACGCGUGAUGUCUUGAUGAAAGGUGGUUACCUGAGACCCACGAUCUACUGUUGGGCGCUGGUGCAAAAUGCGGGGGAGGAGCCAGAGCUGAUGGACUGGCAGCGGGAACGAGGCCUCGGAAUUUUCGCCUGUGAUGGCUGGAUGGUGGUCAGCAAUGUCUCUGCUGUGGAGGUCCUUCAGGGACAGGCAUGGCACACGAAUGUGACCAUCAUCAACCAGCCCACCACAGUUGCAAAGACCUUUGUCAGCAAAAACGGUGGCAUAGUCCCGAUCAUCCCAAACGCUCGGGUAUUUGAAAAGGCAUGGCAGGCAGUUUUCCAGAAAGGCCAUUUUCGUGAUUACGAUUGGACCGUGAAACUUGAUGUCAGUGUGGCUGUUGUCCCUGAACGCUUGCGAGCAGUCUUAAAGUCUCGAUGUCCACACGAUGACUGUGGUAAGAAACUGCUUCAGACUUUCGGAAAGGAUUUGGAGGGCCCAGUUGAAGCCCUCAGCAACGCAGCGGCAACAUCUUUGGCAGCAGGCCUUGGCCAGUGUAGCAGUGGACCUGACUGGGACAAGCAGCCGGAGAACGAGUGGCUUGCCGCUUGUACGAGUACACUUGGGAUAACUGCUAUGAGCACACCUGCGCUGCUUUCCAGCUUCCACCAGGAAACGCCCCGGCCAUGCGACACGGUGCAUGCGAGCUUUCACCCGUUUCCGCAAGCAGAUGAGCAAGAGACCUGCUUGGAACAGACUGGCUACUACUAUAUCCAAGCCCCGGCCACAACCACCUGGACAACAACAAGGACAACAACCUCAAGAACGUCGACAAGUUCCACUGCAACAACCUCAACUUGGACUUCCACCGUUGCAAAAGUUGCGCCAAACAGCAUCUUCAUCUGGGAAAGACGGUCCUGGCAGAGACUACUGCCAGUCUGGGUCAUCACUAUGGAGAAUGAGCACCAGGGCAUCCCUUUUGCGAUUGGAUUGGUGGCUGGCAUUUCCUUGCUGAUUAGCAUCCCUGUGUAUGGUCUGUGCUGCAGGAGGCCAAUGCAACCAGCGAGAUCUCGUGCUGAAGAGCUUGUUGAGGAUCCAGGUGAUCCUCUGAUACAAGGUGGCUCAGGUGGCGAAAGGAGCCCAUAGGAGCUGAAAAGAAGCUGAAGGAGAGGAACAAUUUGGAUAUAUUUGGAUGAUUUCAGAUGAAUAUUUGGAUAUAUUUAUCCCAUAUUUGGAUGAUUUCAGAUGAUUUCAGAUGCAUGUGCCAAAACGGCAACGUGAGCUGAGAAAACACUUUUCGCUUUGAACACAGCGAUCAGCUUAUUGGGGACUCCAUCACAAAGGGUGGAAGUCUGCCGUGAGCAAAAGCAGCCUAUCACUAGAAGAUUGAGUAGAGCCCAAACUGGCUUCACGGCUGUAGAUCGAGGCAAAAC